CAUUUCCGUCUCCGCCCUCUCGUAGUCCUGACAAAAAAGCUCUCCUGAUUCGAAGCAUUAUCUGCUUUCUUCUUCACUUUCCUUUCCAAAUCUUUGAAAAAAGAAAAAGAAAAUGUCUCUGACUCCAUUCUUCAGCAGCCGAAGAAACAACAUCUUCGAUCCAUUCUCACUUGACAUGUGGGAUCCAUUCAAAGACUUCCCCUUCCCUUCUUUCCCCUCAUCAUCAUCAUCAUCGCUGUUCCCUGAUGGAAACUCUGCUUAUGUUAACACACGCAUAGACUGGAAAGAAACCCCACAGUCUCACAUCUUUAAGGCUGAUCUUCCUGGUCUUAGGAAAGAAGAAGUCAAAGUUGAGAUUGAGGAUAACAAUGUUCUUCAAAUCAGCGGCGAGAAGCAUGUGGAAAAGGAAGACAAGAAUGACACUUGGCAUCGUGUUGAACGCAGCAGCGGUAAGUUCUUGAGGAGGUUUAGGCUGCCCGAGAAUGCUAAGAUGGAUCAAAUUAAAGCUUCUAUGGAGAAUGGUGUCCUUACUGUUACUGUUCCAAAAGUUGAGGUCAAGAAACCUGAGGUUAAGUCUAUUGAGAUUUCUGGUUAAUGGGUUUUUGAAAUUAGUGUCGACGUGAGUGUUUAGAGUUCUGUCUUAGGUGUUUGAUGAAAUUUAAGGUUUGGUUGUGAAUGUAGUGGGUCUUUUUGUGGAUAUAUCCUAUGAAAUGAAAAUGUGUUCCUUGUA